AGAUCGGAAAGCCGGAAGGCCACGUAUGAACUUGAGAAAGGAGAAGAGGGAAAAGAAAUGAAAAAAGAAAAAAAAAUCCCAGAAAUAAAUAAAUAAAUAAAAAGGCAGCAGAGGGACGAGAGCGAGUGGCGUGGUGGUGAAAAUUCAGAGCGCCGCUAGGGGGCGAUGUGCAGCUUCACCUGCUAUAAACACACAGGAACAAAAGAAGACGCGCUGCAGCAGAGGAGCAGGAGGAGGAGCUUCCGCUCUCUCUCUCUGUCUCUCUCUCUCUGUCUCACACACACACACACACACACACACACACACAUCAGAUCAUCUGCACACUUAAUGUUCACCACUGAGUAGAAUUAGAUCGAGUUGAAAAUGGAAGCCGUUUAUUGUGUGUGGAUUUAAAGAGUCACUCAGUUCUGCUGUGAAGCUGAGAGGACACGUUUUGUUUUUUUUCAGGCCCUUGGUGAUCAGCUGGGUGAGGACAUGCAGACGGACGUGUGCAGCACUUCUGAUGGAAGAACAUCGAGCUCGGUGGGACACGUCGCCUGUGUGGACCAACAGAACAGAGAACCCUGGAAGAAACCUCUGAAAGAGGAAGAAACUGAUGAAGAUGAGGAUUUCAUCUACGGAGGAACAUCAAGCUCUCUGGAAGACCUCACCCCUGAGGACCAACAGAACCUAGGAUUGCAGAUCAUUCUAAAGGAAGAAGAACCUGAACAUGAUGACUACCUCUACUGUGAGGACUGCAAAUCUUACUUCGUCAACAAGUGCGAGGUUCACGGUCCGGCUCUCUUCAUCCCGGACAUCGCGGUUCCACUGGGGGUCGCUGACCGGGCCAGACAAACCCUUCCUCCCGGUCUGGAGAUCCGGAAGUCCAGUAUUCCCGACGCAGGCCUGGGAGUGUUCAACAACAGCGACACUAUUCCAGUCGGCGCUCACUUCGGGCCCUACCAGGGAGACACGGUGGACCGAGAGGAAGCCAUGAACAGCUCCUACUCCUGGGUGGUGUACCAGAGCGAGCAGUGUGAAAAAUACAUCGAUGCCACGUCAGAGAUGAAUUCGAACUGGAUGAGGUACGUGAACUGUGCUCGUAACGAGAGAGAGCAGAACCUGGUGGCGUUCCAGUAUCAGGGUGGGAUUCUGUACCGCUGCAGUCAACCGAUCGAACCGGGACAGGAGCUCCUGAUGUGGUACGAAGAGGAUUACGCCAAGGACGUCACAUUUGAUUACCUCUGGAACAAAAAGUGCUCCGAAAACAAUAUGAACUACACCUUUCUGCAGAUCUUCACUUGCUCUUUAUGUCCACUCUCCUAUACAUCUGAAAUUUACCUCCACAAGCACAUCAAGCGAUGCCACUACGAGGAAUAUCUGAGACGCCUGAACUCGGGAGAGAUCGUGGGCCUCCCGAUCAACACCUCUCAGGAACAACUCGAGAGGAACAAUUACCACUGUUCUUUCUGUGGGAAAGGUUUUACUUACCAGAGCGCUCUCCAAAGACACCAGCGCUUUCACACGGGCGAGAGGCCGCAUAAGUGCGCGCAGUGUGGGAAGAGUUUUACUCUACCGGGCGGUCUCCAGCUUCACCAGCGCAUUCACACAGGAGAGAAACCGUACGAGUGCCCACAGUGUGGAAAGAGCUUCAGCGAGAAAGCAGCGCUUCGUAGACACCAGCGCAUUCACACCGGAGAGAAACCCUAUCCCUGCGUACAGUGCGGGAAAAGUUUUACUGAGAAAGCAGCCCUUCAGAGACACCAGCGCAUUCACACCGGAGAGAAACCGUACCACUGCCUGCAGUGCGGAAAGAGUUUUAAUCAACAGAGUCAUCUGGAAAAGCACCAGCGCAUUCACACCGGAGAGAAGCCGUACCACUGUUUACAGUGCGGGAAGAGUUUCAGUCAGCUGAGUAACCUCCGAAAACACCAGCGCACUCACUCAGGACAGAAGCUGUUCUACCCAGGUUCAGCUAUCGGACAGAGACUACUCUCCACAAUCCACAACCUGGCAAAACCGUCCCAGUGGUCUGGAACUUCCAGAACCAGAACCACAAAGAUAUCUUUUCUGGCCCUGGAUCAGCUGGGUGAGGACAUGCAGACGGACGUGUGCAGCACUUCUGAUGGAAGAACAUCGAGCUCGGUGGGACACGUCGCCUGUGUGGACCAACAGAACAGAGAACCCUGGAAGAAACCUCUGAAAGAGGAAGAAACUGAUGAAGAUGAGGAUGAAGAUUACUUCUACGGAGGCACAUCGAGCUCGGUGGAAGACGUCACGCUCGAGGACCGAACAGGACAGAACGGAGGGUUCCAGAUCGUUCUGAAAGAAAAACCUAAACACGAUGACUAUCUCUACUGUGAGGACUGCAGAUCUUUCUUCAUCAACAAAUGCGAUGUUCACGGUCCGGCUCUCUUCAUCCCGGACAUCGCGGUUCCACUGGGGGUCGCUGACCGGGCCAGACAAACCCUUCCUCCCGGUCUGGAGAUCCGGAAGUCCAGUAUUCCCGACGCAGGCCUGGGAGUGUUCAACAACAGCGACACUAUUCCAGUCGGCGCUCACUUCGGGCCCUACCAGGGAGACACGGUGGACCGAGAGGAAGCCAUGAACAGCUCCUACUCCUGGGUGAUAUACCAGAGUAAGCAGUGUGAAAAAUACAUCGAUGCCACGUCAGAGGUGCACUCUAACUGGAUGAGGUACGUGAAUUGCUCUCGUAAUGAUGAAGAGCAGAAUCUGAUGGUGUUUCAGUAUCGAGGGGCGAUUCUGUACCGCUGCUGUCGACCCAUCGAACCUGGACAGGAGCUCUUGGUGUGGUACGAUGAGGAGUUCGUCAAAUAUGCCGGCAUCACGUUUGACUACAUCUGGAACAAAAAAUGCUCUGCGAAUAGUUACAUCAACACGAACAACACCUUGACACAAGUCUUCACCUGCUCCUUGUGUCCACUGUCCUACACAGUUCAAAUUUACCUCCACAAACACAUCAAGAGAUGCCACAAUGAAGAAUAUGUGAAACUGUUCAAAUCAGGAGAGAUUGCUAGUCUUCCUGCUGACACUUCUGAGAAACGACUCCAGAGAAAAAAUUACCACUGCACGUUCUGUGGAAAGGGUUUCAUUUACCAGAGCAGCCUCCAACAACAUCAGCACAUUCACACCGGUGAGAGGCUGUAUCAGUGCUCGGAGUGUGGGAAGAGUUUUACUCUACAGAGUAGUCUCCAACUACAUCGGCGCGUUCACACAGGAGAGAAACCCUACGAGUGCCCACGGUGUCUAGAAAGUUUUAAUGAUCAGAUUGAUCUCCAAGCGCACCAGCGCAGUCACAGAGGAGACAAGCCGUUUGAGUGCUCACAGUGUGGGAAGAGCUUCAGUGAGAGAGGAGCACUUCAAAGACACCAGCACGUUCAUACAGGAGAGAAGCCCUAUCACUGCUUAGAAUGUGGAAGGAGUUUUUCUCAACAGUGUAAUCUUCAAAAACACCAGCGCAUUCACACAGGAGAGAAACCAUAUCACUGCUCACAGUGUGGAAAGAAUUUUAGUGACCGGUGCAAUCUCCAAAUACACCAGCGUAUUCACACUGGAGAGAAGCCGUAUCACUGCUUGCAUUGUGGAAAGAGUUUUAAUCAGCAGAGUAAUCUCCAAAAACACCAGCACAUUCACACGGGACAGAAGCCGUAUCGCUGCUCAGAUUGUGGAAAGAGUUUUACUCAACAGAGUAAUCUCCAAAAACACCAGCGUAUUCACACAGGAGAGAAACCCUAUCGCUGCUCACAGUGUGGUAAAUGUUUUAAUCAACAGAGUAAUCUCCAAAAACACCAGCGCGUUCACACGGGAGAGAAACCCUAUCACUGCUCACACUGUGGAAAGAGUUUUAGUGACCGGUGUAACCUCCACACGCACCAGCGCACGUCCCACACGUAACAAGUGAUGACUGUUUCAGAAAAAUGUCACGUUGUUCUGCAUGUUUUUCUGAAGUCCUGUGAUUGGCUUGUCAUGAUUUGUGAAGUAUAGCGUUUAAAUCUCACGUUAGCAAUUGCUGAUUAACGAUAGCAUUUUAUUGUUGUUUUAUAAAUUCCCUUCUCCUUCCUAUUCUCUUCUCCAUGAUCUCAUUCCCUCUGUCCAAUGGUCACAGCGUCUCCAUCUCUCAAGUGAUUGCAGCUGCUCUAUAUAUUAUACAUCUCAGCCGGUUGGUCUCUCUGUCGCAGCCCCUUGAUCUAUUGAGGAUUGCAGCCACAUGGUCUCCAGAGGAUCAGAACCACUUGGUCUCUCAAGGACCGCAGUCUUUUGGCUCUGUUAAGGAUCACUGCCUCCCAGUCUCACAAAGGUCGCAGCCCUUCAGUCUCAGAAGGAUCGCAACCACUCAAUCUUUCUAUGAUCGCAGCUCUUUAGUCUCACAAGGACUGCAGCCCGUCGGUCACUCUAGGAUUGCAGCCCCUCGGUCACUCUGGGAUCACAGCUGUUUAGUCUCACAAGGACUGCAGCCCCUCGGUCACUCUAGGAUCGCAGCCCCUCAGUCACUCUAGGAUCACAGCCCCUCGGUCACUCUAGGAUCACAGCCCCUCGGUCACUCUAGGAUCGCAGCCCCUCGGUCACUCUAGGAUCGCAGCGCCUCUGUCACUCUAGGAUCGCAGCGCCUCUGUCAAUCUAGGAUCGCAGCCCCUCGGUCACUCUAGGACGCAGCCCCUCGGUCAUUCUAGGAUCGCAGCUCUUUAGUAUCGCAAGGUCUGCAGCCCCUCGGUCACUCUAGGAUCGCAGCCCCUCGGUCACUCUAGGAUCGCAGUAAUAUUUAUUUGAGAGUACAGUUGGUAUAUAUUGUUGCAUUUUGGAUUGCUGUCGGUCUUGACUUUGUGUUAAUAUAUUAUUUAUUUGUUUGUUUUUUCAGAACGACCGUAAGUAGGAUGGAACAUGCUUACUAAACUAAAGUAUUUAAUAGCAGUAUAUGUUUUUGAAUAAACAAGAUUCCCUACUGUACACUUUA